AUCACUGCCAUACCCCAUACCAGCGUCCUGAUCACCACCAUACCCCAUACCAGUGUCCUGAUCACCACCAUACUCUAUACCAGCAUCCUGAUCACCACCAUACCCCAUACCAGCAUCCUGAUCACCACCAUACCCCAUACCAGCGUCCUGAUCACCGCCAUACCCCAUACCAGCGUCCUGAUCACCGCCAUACCCCAUACCAGCGUCCUGAUCACCACCAUACCCCAUACCAGCGUCAUGAUCACCACCAUACUCUAUACCAGCAUCCUGAUCACCACCAUACCCCAUACCAGCGUCCUGAUCACCACCAUACCCCAUACCAGCGUCCUGAUCACCGCCAUAUCCCAUACCAAAAUCCUCAUCUCCUCCAUAUCCCAUACCACAGUACAGAACACAGCUGUAUCCUGGGACAACAUUUUUAGAUGCCUCUAAACACACCAAAACUAUCCACCCUUGGCCUCCCAUGCAUCCAUGAUUACUUGCAUCUUGAUCUGUGC